AUGAGUUCGGCGCGGCCGUUGGCGGCGGCGGGUGGGUAGUGGGCUUUGCAGAGGCGAGUGCCCGGGAUGGAUCGGGCAGGGGUGGCUGCGCAGGAAGAGCGGAGAAGACAGCUCUCGGAGUACCGAGCAGCCAAAGAAAAUCUGAAAUGCCCAAGUGCAAAACCCUUUUUAAAGGACCGGGAGAAUCACCGGGAUCGACCCUUAGAAACAGUUUCUAAACUAGACCAUGUUGACAGGAACAAGAAGGAUAUUCCCAGAAACAUGACGAAAGGCACUCAGAGGGAUGGCAAGUUUGGUACCAAAUCCACACAGCACACUGGCCACACUGCUCAGCAGAAGUCUUCAAAUACGUUUCAGAGAGCAGCAGUGGUGCAUCCAGAGCAGACAAGGAAGAGUGCAAAGCUUCCCGUGGGGCUCGUGCCAAGCAUGAGCCGCUCUACGCAGCCCAGAGGGAGGCUCCCGGCUUCAGCCUCUGGUCACCUAAAUCCAGAAAGGAAAAAGAAGCCUGCACAGGAGACUGUCACCACUGCAGCACUUCAGACUGGAAGCGACCACCCCGCUCCUGGGGCACGUUGCUCCCUAAACGAGGGCCUGCGGGACAGGCUGGUCUGCAACAAAGAAAAUGUCCGAGCACAAGCCUCUACAACCCCUGUGCUGAACAGAGUUUUUCAGUCUGAUGGAAACAAUCUCGGGAACAAAAGGUUUUUGGCUCACAGGCAAAGCUCGGCCACGAUGUCAAGAACCAUCAUGGGCCCAAAGGACAGAAUUAAUAGCCACCAGGCUAAGGAAGAGCCAAUUCAGGAUAAAUUCAGGAAAACCCUGCCAGGCUCAAAGAGUGUGUCUCAAAAACCAAGUAUCAAAACUCAGCCCUUGCAGCCUCCUCAGUUACUUACUACUACUAAUUUGCUACAUAAAAACCCAGGUGCAAACCAGAAACAAACGAAUACGGCAAGGCAACCCAUAGGAAAGCCACUUGGCGUACUUCCAGUGGGAAAUCUUAACUACCACAGCAGACCCCCCCAAAUGAAAAGGUCUCCCACAAAGUCUCUGGCCUCCAGCAGGCCCCAGGGAACCACAACCCUGAAACCCAGCCUGAAACCAGGUGGCACCACACAAUGGCGAAAGCCCACAGCUAAAGGGGAGGCGGAUAGGAAGGACGUGAAGGUGGUGCCUCCUGGACCCACAGCAGCAUCCCGAGUGACGGUCCCUCAAAACCAGCCUCGCAGCACACACAGCUCCAAAACUCAAGCAACUGAGAAUGAUUUUAGGAGUAGGAGAGAGAGGCUUAAAUCAGAGCUGCCGAAGGCAAGUGGAAUGCAGGCUAGGCGUGUUCCCAAGACCCCAUCGGCUGCAGAUCGUAAGAAACAGCUGCAGGAGUGGUUGGCAUCCAAAGGCAAGACAUACAAGCGGCCACCUAUGAUGCUGCUUCAGAAAGAGCCAGUGAAGCUGUCCUGCAGAACUGUCAAGGAGAAAGAGGAGCAAAAGAAACCAGAGCAGCUCUGCCUGGAGAAGAUCAACAACAUAUUAACUGAGUGCCUGAAGCUCAUUGAGGAGGGUGUCCAGGCAGAUGAGAUCUCUGCAGUGCUGUCCCACGUGCCCCAGGCAGAGAAAUUUGCCAAGUUCUGGACCUGCAAAGCAAAACUGCUCGCCCGGAGUGGCCCUUUUGACGUGAUGGGGUUGUACAAAGCAGCAGUCUGCGCUGGUGCUGUGCCACUCCAGGAGCUCAGAGAAGUUGUCCUUGAUAUUUUGAAGGCUGCAGACCAAACAUCAGAAGGGGAAAAGGCUGAGCAGCCCAUUCCUUGGGAGCCUACAACACCUUGCCCGAGUGAGAGGCAGCAGGUGGUAGCAACUCCCUGCAUGACAGGGAAGCCCCUGACCAGCCUGCCCAUCUCAAUCAAGUUACAAGUUACGUCUGCAUCCAGAGGAAAGGAGUUACUGGAAGGCCAGGAGCUGAAACUCGUGACGCCAGUGCGGCGCUCGCUGCGGAUAGGGUGGGCUGGGAGCCGUUACCCAGAGAUGCUGAAGGACCAUGACCCUGUGGUGUCAUCCCUCAGCGAAAUCCUGGAUGCUGAGGAGGAGACUCAGUUCUUCUUCCGGAAAAACAAGGCUUUGCCAGAGGUGACGGAGCUGGAGGGUUUGAGUUUGUAUCCCCCAGAGUGCUGCUGAGGGAUUCCCAGUGGGGUGCAGGCUGCUCGCUUCCCCAUGCUGCCUUGCACAUGCUCCGCUGACUUCUGUUGCCUCGCAGAAGUAAAUAUGUAGCGGUGGCACAUAAUAAGCACUGUUUCAAAUAUAUAAGCGCUGUUUUAAAUAUAUAAAAACUUGCAGUAGA